UAGUACAAUUAUUGCUAGUGUUAUUUGUUCUAUUGGCACUAUUAUAAAUGUCAUUAUUGCUAUCAGUAUUAUUGAUAUUAUUGAUAGUGGUAUUACUACUAUUAUUAUUUGUAGUAAUAGUUUUAUUAUUACUACUAUUAUGGUUGAAGAUAGUGAAGAAGUGGUGAUUAUUACUACAAUUAUUUUUGAACAAGUUGAUAUUGUAGAUCUAUUACAGCUUCAUAAAGUUGUUCUGGAUAGAUUUCAGCUUUAUAAAGGUGUUGAAUAA